AUGAGGCUGCAGGCGGAUGUGUUGCGGUAUAUGACGAAGGGGGAGUUUCGUGUAUUGACGGCAGUGGAGAUGGGUAUGAAGAACCACGAGUUUGUAUCGGCUCAGUUGAUAGAACAAAUAGCGGGUUUGCGGCGUCACUCAAUUCGCCAGAUUCUGAGUAUUCUGCUGAAAAAUAAACUUCUCUAUCACUGCUCCAAGGUGUAUGAUGGCUAUAAACUAACUUACUUAGGUUACGACUACCUCGCCCUCAACGCUCUGGUUAAGAGGGGCCUCGUCAAGGGCGUUGGCGUCCGCAUAGGUGUAGGAAAGGAAUCAGAUAUUCAUCUCUGCGAGGGCGCAGACGGCGCCGUCUUGGUGCUGAAGCUGCAUCGGCUGGAAAAGGGCUCACUGCCGCUGAGCAGAGACGGAGGGCUCUCUGUCUCGCCGCUGCGUUUCUUACAUGUGCUGCUUCAGCAGCUUUCUGCCUGCAUGCAGGUGAGGGAGCUGCAGGACCCGCUGACGGUGCUGGAAAAGCUGAUGAAACUCGUUGUUCGCCUCGCGCACUGCGGGCUCAUUCAUGGCGACUUCAACGAAUUCAACCUCAUGAUCAGCGACAACGGGCGCAUCACGAUGAUCGAUCUUCCUCAGAUGGUAUCAAUAUAUCACCCAAAUGCUGCUCUUUACUUUGACCGCGAUGUUCAGUGCAUAAAGCGGCUUUUUGAAAGGAAAUUUUUGGUGGAUGUCACGACGGUUCCGCGCUUUGAAGACGUCAUAGACCGCCGGUCCAGGCCGCCGGCGGAGGCGAAGCGAGCUGCCGGGGAGCCAGACGAAGAAGCAGCAGAAGAAGGAGCAGAAGAAAGAGAAUCUUCAGUGGAUUUAAUUUCUAUCUCUGAUGGUCUCAGUGAACAGCAAGUGAAACUACUUGAAUCUGCAUUGGCAGAGCGGCGUGAGGCCGAGAGCAGCGGCUCUGAGGAAAGCGAUUCAGAAACUGUUAGUGAGGGGUCCGAUGCUGCAGUAUUUCAUGAAGAAGAAACAGAUGAAGAGAAAGAAAUAUCAGCAGCAUAUCAGACAGAAGAAAAAGAAAAGUGUGAAAAACGAGAAAUCAAUGGGCUUUCUGAUUCAGAUGAAGACCACCAACAAACACGAAGCAGCAGAGGCUCUGACAGCAGCAUUUAUUUAACUUGA